CUCGCUGUAGCUGGGCAAGCCAAAAGCAAUAUUCGCAUGCGUCGCAACAGCGAGCCGCCGGCCGUGCAUGCAGAUCCAAAAGAUACUUAAAAAACACCAAACGAGAGAAACAAAAAUAAAGAUAAAUAAAACUGAUACAAGUAUAAAUAUAAUUUGCGAACAACAUUGAGACUAGCAUCGAGCCCAAAGCCGUAAAAAAAAAACAAAAAAAUAAUACCAAAAGCGAACAAAAGUUCCUCGUCGCGUCUGCAAUAUUUAGCAUAAAAAAGCAAUUUGCAUAUCAAGUGUCGCGCCUGUGUGAGUGUGUGAAAGAAGUGCUAAAGUGCGUACAACAAUAUAUGUAAUCAUGCCACAACAACAGCAGCAGCAACAACCACAACAAAGGCAGCAGCAGCAGCAGCAGCAAACAGUGCCAUCAAUUGCAGCUUUGCUCAAUCAGCAGCUGCAUCGAGGGGAGCUGCAAUCGCAGUCCAAAUUGCAGCCGAGUGAGAAGAAAACAGUUAAAAGGAGUGAACUACUCAAAAAUGUAGCUAAGUUCUUUGGGGAGUUUGCUGCCACGGCUGUACUGGUGUAUCUGGGAUGCAUGGGCUGUGUGAAUUCGUCGUCGAUUAUUAAUUCCCCGCUCCAGUGUUCACUUACUUUCGGCUUCGUCGUGCUCAUCUGUAUUCAGUGCUUUGGCUGUAUAUCGGGAGCCCAUCUGAAUCCCGCCGUGACGUUGGCAAGUUUUAUAUACGAGCUGAUAUCGUGGCAAAUGGCCAUUUUGUAUUUUGUGGCGCAAAUACUUGGCGGCUCGAUUGGAUAUGGACUGCUGGUGGCAUCGAUGCCCAAAAAUAUGAUUUGUAACUCCCUUACUCCAAUGGGCGCUUGUGUGACCUCCGUUGCCAGCAACAUAACUCUUUGGCAGGCGGUCAUCAUUGAGUUCCUCCUCACGUCCAUUUUGAUCUGCGUCUGCUGCGGUGUUUGGGAUUUACGCAAUGCGGACGUGCAAGACUCUGUGCCAAUCCGUUUUGGGCUAACAGUUUCAUGCAUUGGCAUAGUUGCGGGCCAGCUUACUGGCGCAAGCAUGAAUCCCGUACGAUCAUUUGCUCCAGCUCUGUGGAAUAACUCCUGGGAAGAUCAUUGGAUAUAUUGGGUCGCUCCCUUAACAUCGUCGCUAGUUACCUCUAUUGCCUAUAAGUACGGAUUUCGCAGCAAGCCAGAAAACCCCAAAAUACUAGGCAUAACACAGCCGUAGUGCAACUGUAAAUCUAUUCAUAAUGCCACAAAAAAAUUGGGGUUUAUUGCAGAUAUUUAUGUAUGUAUAUAAAUUUAAUGUGUAUAUGAGCUAUGAGUAGUAACGAUUCAAAAUUACAAAAAAAAGUCGUGUCUAUAAAUAAUUAUCAAUAUGUACCAUAUAUCUUAGCAUGUAUCUAGCAUAAGGGAAGCAAAGUACGCCUAUAUUCUAUGCAAAUAUAUAUAUUAGACUC